CUCUUCUACAAUGACCUCUCUACUCCUCCGAAUUGCUAAGACUCGUGUCACCGUCACUAAAUACUCCCGAUUCCUUCGUUCCACCUCUUCUCCUACUCAUAUUAUGUCCACCCUCUGACCACGACGAACAGUUCCUCCUUCCGAGAAAGUCUAGUCUUUGAAAUUCCUUCUCUACCAAGCUUCUUUUUUUUUUUUUCUGCAUCGAUAUUGGAGUGAUUCUGAAGACCAUGGCCACAUCUCCUUCCUCUAGGCUAAACCAUGAAUAAGCCAAACCUAUUAUAUACUAUAUUUAAUUCACCCAUGCAACAAAAUAUUGUCUAAUAGCAACACUCGAUUAUUCCCAGUCAGCUGCAUCCAUCAUAGAAAAGACGAAUUAGCGAAGGAGCUUGAGCAGUUAACUCGACUGUAUCGAAAUGAUGGAAAAACUUCAUUUCAAUCAUAACCUAACCAUUGAGAAGAAAAAAAAAAGCAGGGACAAAUUUGAUAGUUUUGAAUUGGUUGGAGCUGCGGAGGGGAAGCGAUAGAGAUUUAGGGUUGAGGUAUCUUUGAUCAUAGAUAUAAGUCUACUCAAUCAAGCGUGACCUGGAGCGAGACAAUACAAUCAUUAAAAUAAAAGAACGUAGAUCGAAAUUGAAUCCAACUCUUUUAUAUCGGGACCCUUAAAUUUUCUCUGCAGCAAGUCGGGGAUCGUUUCGUUUUAAUCGUUUAUAAAAGACUAAAAUCUUCGCUUUUCCGUAAGAAUUGAUAUAUAUUAAAAAGGUUUGCCUGUUGGCUUGUUUGUGCCUCAGAGAUGAUUUGAACUCGGUACUUCCAACUAACGAAACUAAUUUCACUUGGUCCAACGAGGGAACGUCAACGUGUUCACUUGACCUGCUGGAAAUAGCAGUCCGUUCGUCACUCAAUUCAUACCUUUGUGUCUUAAAAACGAAGGAACUGUGUCUGAAUAAAAAACGGUAUGGUCAUGAUGGACGGCCUUUGAUCUGAAGUCUGCCAGACGAAGACUGAACUGUAGCUAAACAACAACAAACCAAUAGGAGAACCUCUGCAACCGAGACAAAUCUCACUCAAGUCAUACUCCACCGUCUUUUAAAAGAUGGACACAUUGCAGAGAGCAAGGAGGGACGAUUGCCACUUAGAGCUAGCAACCAGAACUGUUUAUACAACAACACAGCAUCGUUGACGAGAUACGAACUCUCAAUCAAUCUAUCCACAAUCUCCUAUAAAUUCCAUCUCUUUUCGUCAGCGGUCGUAAUUUCCCGUCAUCCAUUCUUUUACCUUUUUUCAAAAGUAAAAGAAGCAAAAAAGAUGGCGUCCUUUUUCGUCGUCAGACAUACAGUGUCUUAUGAAAACUAAAACACUGUCAGAAUAUCUGUAACUUCGACAACCAAAGAUAACUAGCCAUGAAAUUCGAACAUUUUUUCAUGGAUUAUAUCUCAAACAUCUGUUGCAUCAGUGAUAACUUGCUGUUAGACUACAAAGAAAUGGUACCCACCCUGGGACGGACAUUGUUUUCACUACAUGUCAAUAAGAUAGAUGAUCUUGAUGGAAUGGUUGGCCUUCAAAACCUCGGAAACACGUGUUUCAUGAACAGUAUUCUCCAGUGUCUGAACAAAUCCCCUUUGCUGCUGAACUACAUAAUCAGUGACCACUACAAACUGGACAUUGCCAAACCAGGGGCUGCCCGCUUUGAAGGAAAUUUUUUAAGAGCCUUUUCUGAAGUGAUGAAAAAGUUGUGGACAUCCCGAAUGGAAGUCACACCAGCUGUGUUUAGAAGCAGUAUUAAAAAAUUAAAUAGUAUUUACCAAGGUUUUGGCCAAGAAGAUGCCCAUGAGUUCUACAAUCACCUGAUCAAUGGCUUACAUGAAGAACUUGACACAACGAAGAAAUCCGGACCCAAAGGGAUCAACCAUGCAUCUUGGUAUGACUUCUGUAAAGGUGACACUAAAAUUACAGAUAUUUUCGCUAUGCAGAUGAAGCACAAUUAUGAAUGUCUUGAGUGUUACUCAAAAUCAACAGAGUACCACACAAGUUUUGAUAUGUCCUUGCCCAUGAAGAAGGCAUUCCGCACUGUAAACAUGGAAGAUAUUAUCGAAGAUUUUAUAGAAUCUACUUCAAAUAAUAUGUGCAAGAAAUGUUCCAAACUAACUCUACAUAAUUGUAAAAAAGAAUUUGUUCAUUUACCUGAAGUAUUAGUUUUAUAUUUCCAACGAGCCGAGAAGCUGGGUAAAUUAAAAACAGAGAUGCAAUACCCUGUUGAAAAUUUAAAUUUUACGAAAUAUGCCAUAAAAGGUAACCCUAAAUUGGCCACGUAUACCCUGUACGCUAUUUGUCUCCAUGCCGGGGACUGCGCCACAAGUGGACAUUACUGGGCAGAGUGUCGGCACCCAAAGACCUCAGAAUGGAACAAAUACAACGACACACGAGUGAGCAACAUCCUGAAGGGAUCCACAGCCACAGGCAGUCGGGAAUGCGUCUUCUUCUACCAGAGAAAGUGAAUCCUCAUCGUGCCGCCACCAUUCAGCCGGCAUCACUGAACAUGAGAAAGCAGCCGACAAGCCGCAGAUUCCAGGCUGCACAACCAACCAAACCAAACCCAUUCUGCUAUUGACUUGUGCCAAUGGACCGGUGCCUUUUUCUCUAAAUAAUUUCUUCAAACACAUAAAAGAACAUUUUUUAUUUGACAA